AUGUCGUCUCCCGUACCGUACAGGGCCUACCAGUCAAAGAGACACUCGAGAAACCUCUCAAACACAUUUACGCCUCCCCAGUCUCCACCUCUUGCGCCCGUAGGAUCUCCCAAGUCUCCCGCGACACCCGCAUCCAAUGCAUCCUCAAAACGACUGUCUACACACAGCCCUCUCGCAGAUCUGGCCAGUCUAGAUCGCUCGACGCCUCCGCCAGCCACUCCUCCGUCAAACAACAAGGCGCUGCCUCUCCCAAGUGCUCCCGUGACGCCGGUAGCCAUUGAGAUUCUUGAGAUUCCACCUUCUCCGAUCUCAGAGAGCACAGUAGCGUCACCAUCGCCGCAAGUGGUCGAGGAGCCACCUCAGCCAGUUGCCGUCCCGGAAUCACCCAGCGUGCCUCCUAAAACCGUGGUCACUCCUCCAGCACCUCCUGUCGCGUCUCCAAAGGAGGAAACACCGUCGCCAGCCUCUCCAGCACCGCCUAAACUGGCCUCUCAUUCCACUUUUCGACACGUUCCAGCUCGGGCAUCACCAUUGAGGCCAUCCGCUUCGGUUCUCAAGUCUAGCUAUGAAGGGACUCCUCUUUCCUCUCGCUCGACUCUUACUCUUGGGACGCCUUCACGCGCUGCUUCGGGUGUGAAUCCAUCCUCGAACCUUCGACCACGGCCUCCGGGCGGGCUCAAAGUCCACGACUUUAGUCAAAGCUCUUCACAACCCGGCUCUCCUGUUAACGGAUCGUCUUUGACGGUUCAUACCGCCCGACCCGCCAUUUCAUCUCCACUUUCCUCGUCUUCGUCCUUCAAAAUCAUCCAAUCCAUCGCCCUCUGCGUCACCAUCAAGACCGGCCAUUUCUCCUCUCCUUCCCCAUCCACGGGUUCAGUUCCACUCGCGUCGGGCUCUUCGACCUCUACCAUUCAAGCUCCGAGGAAAUCUGAUACUCCUAAUCGCACCGUUUCCACUGGCAGUGCUCCUUACCGACAUGGCUUCCAGCCCAAGUUGAUCGACCUCCAUUUUCCGUCACAAGACUCCAAACAAGCGAAUACACCGACCACUUCGACUCCCUUGCAGGAAAAGCCGCCUCCCAAUCGACGGCAAUCGUCCUUCUUCGACUUUGAUCUAUCCGACUUGAAAGGCAAGAAUGCCUCUGAUCUCUGGCGCAAUGUCUUGGACUCGGCUGCAUCGACACGUUUGCCGUCGCUCAACGCAAAGGGCGAAAUACGACAACAGGAAAUGGCCAUCACACCGUGGCAAGAGGACGCGGCGGUACCGGCUUGUCCAAUAUGCUUGACGACGUUCAACACACUAACGAAUCGUAAACAUCAUUGUCGUUUGUGUGGCAAAGUGGUGUGCUCACUUCCUGUCAAACACCCAAAUCGGCCCGAGCUUUGCUCGUUUCUCUUUGUUGUCGAUGCAAAGACGGGUCUAAUUGAAGAGGUUAGCGGAGAUAUUGUCGACUAUGGCGUCAAACGACAGGUCACGCCUGGAGGGAAGAGUGGAAGCGACGCGUUGCUUGCGAAGAAGAUGGCCGAGGAGCAGGAAAAGUAUCUUAAAGGAGUUCGAAUAUGCAAAGAGUGUCGACCUACUCUGCGAAGGAGGCAAUAUGGAGUGGAAGCCAGGACGACUCCGCCGUUUUCCAAGCUCUAUGCGGUCCUGCUAGAGAUUGAAAAGGAGAUUGAGGAGAUGCUGCCGCAAUUCCAAGAACUGGUCAUUCACCUCUCACAGGAAGACGAUUCGAAUCUACACUCGGCGCCCAAUAAUAACCGGGUUAAACAAGCCACCAACCUUCGCAAGCAUCUUCUUGAGUCGUUUUCUCAAUACGACGCUAUUGCAAAACGCAUCAAGUCGCUAAAGACACCUGGGCCGAAUUCGUCUCAAGAAAAGGUCCAAAACGCCAUCUCGAACCGUGCGACACUCUUCUUGCAGAGGAAUUUGUUCCCCCUUCAGUCGUUGCCCAAACCGAAGAAGCCGACGCACGCCAAGAACUCGUCCGUUACAACUCUUUCUCUCCCGUCCAAUCUCGUGGACAUGAGCGAUCAAGACGCUGCUUUGGCCCAUACGCUGCAACCUCUGUUGGAGCAAGAAGCGCUGCUGGAGAGUUUUGUCGAAGAAGCAAACGCACAGCGUAAAUUUGAAGACGCAAAGACGCUCAAGCAGAAUCUGAAAGAGAUUCGGCAGGAGAUUGAUCGUCUGUUGAACGGGAGAGACCUCCCUGGCAAUCCCGCGUCUGCUAAAGGGUAA